AUGCUAUCCGUGGCAUCUCAAGCCUCAACAAGCUCAACCGUGAGGCCCAUGAAGUAUGCCUGCACUUUUGAGAAUUGCGAUAAAAUCUACAACAGACCUUCGCUACUAGAACAACACGAGAGGACCCACACCGGCGAACGACCGUUCCCUUGCUCGUAUCCAGAUUGCAAUGUGUCAUUCACUAGAAAAUCGCACCUUGACGCGCACCUCAUAUCGCAUUCGCGUGACAAGCCAUUCCACUGUUCCGUUUGCGGAAAAGGAGUCAACACGGCCCAGCAUUUGAAAAGACACGAGAUCACCCAUACAAAGUCUUUUAAAUGCGACUACCAGGGCUGCAAUGAGUCAUUCUACAAGCACCAGUCGCUUCGGCAUCACAAACUCUCCUUUCAUGAAAAAAGUUUGACUUGCAAAGAGUGCGACAAGACGUUCACGAGGCCGCUGAAGUUGGCGCACCACAAAUUGAAACACCAUGGAGAAUCGCCCGCGUAUCAAUGCGACCAGCCGGGAUGUUUCCUGAAUUUCAAAACUUGGUCAGCUUUGCAGUUCCACGUCAAGCAGCAACAUCCCAAGUUGAAAUGCCCCAAGUGCGGCAAGGGGUGCGUGGGGAAGCAAGGUUUACGAUCGCAUAUGCUCAGUCAUGAUGCUGAGGUAAAGAGCUGGCAGUGCUGUUACUGUGACGUGGGCAGGUUCAACAAGAAGGCGGAAUUGGUGCACCACUAUGACGAGUUUCACGAUGGGAACGUGCCCGAUGACUUAAAGGCGGUCAAGAAUGAGAAGGAGGAAGAUGUCAACGACAAUGAGCUUGGAGCGGUGAAUCCGGGAAACUUGAGAAACCUCGGCUCGAUCUUGUCGAGCGAUGGCGAGUCCGACAAUUUCUUCAAGCAUGAGGUGAGAUCAGACACGGCGCAAGCUCACAAGUCAAUCACCUCGUUAAACACCUCGCUACUCAACGGCAGGAGCGACAUGGUCAAACUUAUCCUGGAUGACUGCGCCAAGACGUUAUUGUGCCCGAAAAUCAAAUGUGGGCGGGUUUUUGCACGAGAAUACGAUUUGAAACGGCACCUCAAAUGGCACCAUGACAACUUGAGGAGGAUUGAAAGUUUUUUGGACAAUUUAGAGAAGCAAGACGGUUUGCAACAAGUUGUAGAACCGGCCCGGAAGAAAAUAAAACUUGCGGGUGAUUUUGAUGACGAUGAUGGAAAAGAUAAUUACGAUGUUCACGAUCACGACAAUGAUGACGAUGACGAUGAUGAUGCGUUUGAUUUAUUGCUAGAGCUGGAGUUGAAUGGUCCAGUAGAUACUUGA